AUGAACCCUGAGAAACUUGCCAAGCUCCAGGCCAACCAGAACCGCUCCAAGGGUGCCCCCCGCCGUGUGAUCAAGAAGACUCACCGCCCUGUUGCCCAGGAUGAUCGCAAGCUCCAGGGCGCCCUCGAGAAGUUGUCGCUCGUUGCCCAGCCUUACGUUGAGGAGGUCAAUAUGUUCAUGGAGGAGGGCACCGUCAUCCACUUCCGUCAGCCCAAGGUCCACGUCUCGGCUGCCUCCAACACCUACGCCAUCUACGGACGCGGUGAGGAGAAGGAGUUGACCGAGCUCGUCCCUGGCAUUUUGAACCAGCUCGGCCCUGACUCGCUCAACAGCCUCCGCAAGUUGGCCGAAACCUACCAGAAGUCCGCUGCUGGCCAGGCUGCCCUUGCUGCCGAGGAUGACGAUGAUGAGGUCCCUGCCUUGGUCGAGUCUUUCGAGGAGGCCUCGAUUGAGGAGACCAAGGAGGAGGCCACCGCCUAA